CUUUCUUUCUUAAUUGCUUGCGGAGUCCUAGGACGACCGAGGGUUUGAGAAAUGAAGAAAAUCGACCAACCAAUCAUCGAGGUCCCCUAAUGUUUAAAUAAAUGCAAAACACUGCGUUUUGUUUAAUAUAAAACGCACCGUUUUCCUGUAGUUGAUAUAUUCCUUUUGUCUUGGGUGUCAACUGAGAUUGAAAGGCAGAAGUCAACACGUCACUUGCACUUCUCAUCUGAAACUAAAGCAGAAGAACGAGUGGGUUGUGGCUGAAGAUCACACGGCAGUUAAUCGGCUAGCUUGAGGGUAACUUCAAAUAUGGAUCUUGGAAAAAGCCUACUACCACCAGCCACCGCCACUGUCUGCUGCCAUGUGGUGGCGGUACCGCUUCCUGGUCGAGGUCACAUCAACCCCAUGAUGAGUCUCUGCAAACUCAUAGCUUCAAAAACCCAAGACAUUCUCAUAACCUUUGUGGUUACUGAAGAAUGGCUUAAGAUUAUUGGCUCUGAUAGUAAGCCUGAAACGAUACGUUUUGCUUCAAUACCAAAUGUCAUACCCUCAGAGAAGGUUCGAGGAAUUGAAUUUUCAGAGUUUUAUGAAGCUGUUCAAACAAAAAUGGAGGCUCCAUUCGAACAGCUUCUUGAUCAACUUGAGCCACCAGUGGGCAACAUUAUAAGUGAUAGUGAGCUCUUUUGGGCUAUACGUAUUGGGAACAGAAGAAAUAUUCCUGUAGCCACUCUUUGCACAACAUCGGCAACAUUUUUAAGCAAGAUCCAAUACUUCAGCCAAAUUGAAGAUCGAGAUUUGCUGGUGGAUUUGUUGGAUGAAGAAGAUGAUACCUUAAACAUUCCUGAAGGAAUCUUUCCAAGUCAAAUACCGGAGUUCAAAAACAUCUACGUAACUGAGAAAAAAUGCACACAACUUUCACUAUUAGCUCAUUCAUGGGUACAAAAAUCUCAAUACCUCAUCUUCAGUUCCUUCUAUGAGCUUGAACCCCAUGUCUUCAACACUCUAAAACAAAAAUUCCCCUUCCCCCUCUACCCCAUUGGUCCUGUUGUCCCUCCCUUGAACUCCCCACCCAAUUCCUCACAAAUUUCCCAAUGGCUAGACUCUCAACCCUUAGGUUCUGUCCUCUAUGUCUCAUUGGGGAGUUUCAUCCCAAUUUCAAGUGCCCAAAUGGAUGAAAUUUUAGGAGGGUUGAAAAGUAGUGGAGUUAAGUUCUUGUGGGUUGCUAGAGAAGAGAGUUCAACGCUAAUUAAGAAGGGAGGAAUUAUGAAUGGAUUGAUAGUGGAAUGGUGUAAUAGCCAGUUGGCGGUGUUGUGUCAUACUUCCAUUGGUGGGUUUUUGACACAUUGUGGGUGGAACUCUACUCUUGAAGGGCUUUCUGUUGGGGUUUCCAUGCUUACAUUUCCUAUAACUUACGAUCAAGUGUCGAAUGAGGAGCUGAUUGUGGAGGCGUGGAGAGUUGGGUGGAGAGGGAGAGGAAAAGUUGUGGGAGCUGAUCAAAGUUUGGUGAGUAGAGAUAAGAUUUGUGAGAGAAUUAAGAGAUUUAUGGAUGAAGAGAGUGUUGAGGUGCAAAAUUUGAGGAAACGAGGGAGAGAAAUUGGGGAGCUUUGUCAUCAAGCUAGGGCAAAAGGUGGAAGUUCCGAUAAUAAUUUAGAUGUUUUUAUCAAUGAUAUAUUACUACGCAAAUUUGAGGUUUAAGAAAGUUUAGGGUUAGAGUAAUUAUGACUAGUUUUUCAUUAAGAAAUAAAAGGUUUUGUAGAGGAAAACUCAGAUUUUUCUGAUACUCAUUAAAAUUAAUGAGACAAAACUAAGUUUGCAAUA